GCAACUCAGACCCAGACUUGAUUCGGUUUGGAAAAUUUGCCCAGUGGUCCCUCGAUAGCGAGAGCGCGACGGCGCGUUACUUUAAACGAAGCGCCUUAAACUUUUACGAGAAAUUAUGUUUUUUUCUAAAAAACUAAUCGUCUAUUGUGAACUUAUAAACUUUGUGGCUUGUGAAACUAAUGAAGAAGAGAAGCCUCGAGGAAAAACCGCGAUUUAUAUUUAAGGAAAUUAGUUAUCGUAUUUUCAAUAAGAGAAAAUUUUACAUUUUAUGUUAAAAAAAUUAUCUAAUUAAUUUUUUAACUAUGCACACAAAUAAAGAUAGCACCUCGUCAGAGAUUCAUUUAGAGAAAAUAAUUUCUGAGGAAUGUCGUCAUCCUUGUAUGUUAAAUGCAAAUAAGGAAUUAAGGUGGACGAUGUACGAACCAAAAGAUGUACAACGUCUAGUUUCACCGGCAUCAAAAUUUGUAAGAUGUGCCAUUGUUAUAAGUAUGAUACUAGCCACUGCAAUCAUCUUGCACUUCAGUCACUAUAGACCCAAACAGACCUUCUUGUCGUGUGAUAGACCAUGUCAUCACUUAGAUUGGCCAAUGAUUUGCCGCGUAAAACUCACACUCGAAGUCUUCCAAACCCUAAGCAAAUCCUGUGGAGAAUGUCCUCACAAUGAAACAGCAUGUUUAGCAAAGCAUUGCGUUUCUGCUGAUGGAAGAAAAAGGGGUCUCUUUACUGCCAAUCGACAAAUGCCUGGACCUAGUAUUCAGGUUUGUGAAAAUGACAUCUUAGUGGUGGAUGUUGUGAAUAGACUGCCAGGGAAAGCUGCAGUGAUACAUUGGAGAGGACAACCUCAAAUCGAAACACCCUGCAUGGAUGGAGCUCCGUUAGUAACGCAGUGUCCAAUUCCUAGUUACACGACCUUUCAAUAUAAAUUUCGAGCGUCCGCACCUGGAACUCAUCUCUGGCACGCUCAUUCCGGUGCUGACGUUGCGAACGGAGUUUUCGGUUCCUUAAUUGUACGACAAGCGCAAUUAUUAGAACCACAUAGGGAUUUAUACGACAUCGAUGAUCCGAACCAUGUGAUACUUUUAAGCCAAUGGCAGCAGCCUAACGUACCGGAAAGUUCUUCAAAUGGAGAUGUAACCGAAAUGGAUACUAUUCUUGUCAAUGGAAAAGGAAGGCAGCCUAAUGGACCUGAAGUUCCAUUGACAAAUUUCGUCGUCACCCCAGGACGAAGGCACAGAUUCCGAGUUGCGAAUGGAGCUGGUUCUGGUUCCUGUCCUAUGACUCUUUCUGUUGAUGGUCAUCCUCUAGUAUUAAUUGCCCUCGAUGGUCAUCCAGUGUCUGCUCAAAAAGUUAAUUCGAUCACGUUGGCGAAAGGCGAAAGAGCUGAUUUUAUACUUCAUGCGAAUAAGCAAAUUUCAACCUACUGGAUGAAUGUGAAACCAUCCGAAGAUUGCAGAUCGAAAGUAAGUGGCGGAUCCGCAAUUGUUAGAUACAAGGGAUCAAGUAAUGAUUCACCGCCAAAUUCAUUGGAAGGGAAAAAUGGUGAUUUGAAUUCGGAAUCUUUCAUGACAACAGAUCCAGCGAAUACUUGUGAGAAUCCGGAGAAAAUUUGCGUUACUGAAGUAACGUCUAUUCGUAAAAUGCCUAUGUUGUUGUCUAAUCCAUAUGUGGAUGUCAAGAUUUAUCUACCGAUUAAUUACAAGAUUCAGGGUCAUGAAUUUUCGGGAAGUGGUAACGUAGAGACUAAGGUUCUGAAUAUCGAUAACGCCACGUUUACGUAUCCUUCGUCUCCUCUAUUGACCCAAGGGGUUGAUAUUCAGGAAACAAUGUUUUGCUCAGGAUUCGGAGAGAAUGAGGAAUCAAAUUUACUUGUAUCGGAUAAUAAUCGAUGUCAAAGUUCGUCCUUACCUCGUAAAUUGGAGGAUGUCACCAGUUCCACUUGUGAAUGUGUUCAUCUAAGAAAAAUCCCAUUGGGAGCAACUGUGGAGAUCAUUCUUCUGGAUCAAGCUGGCUUAGAAGACUUAGUGUACCAUCUACAUGGAUACAGUUUUUACGUGGUUGGUGCCAGAACAUUUUCAAAAAGUAUAACUUUAGAGGAAGUUAAGAAACUAGACGAGCAGGAUUCACUCUUCUUUCGAAAUUUAGAUCACGCACCACUCAAAGAUACUGUGAUUGUACCAAAAUUCGGAGCUGUUGCUAUCAGAUUCAAGGCCGAUAAUCCUGGCUAUUGGAUGCUGCGUGACGAACAUGCUCCCGAAUGGACUAGGGGAUUAGACGUUAUUUUACAAGUUGGGGAACAAAGUGAUAUGGUUCAGGCACCAGAGGAUUUUCCAAAAUGUGGAUCUUUUGUUGGACCAGAUUAUUUUCUUAUCUAGACUGAAAAAAACUGUGACAAGUGAUUGCUGUAAAUAGUCUUUAAUAUGUACAUAAUUAAUUUUACAGAAGUUGUUAGUUUUAAUGAUUUUCUACUAUUAGAUUUCGAGUAAGUUUUUUCGCAGUUUAUAAGUUUUGUAAAUAAAUGUUUCUUUGUGUUGUUA